AAUUACACAUCAAAGGAUUUAGUUGACAUUCAUAAACACACAUCUCAGACUUUGUUAUACAAAGAUAAUCUUGUUAAAACAAAUUUUUCCAUCUAAACAUAAACUCAUUGAACAAUGUUGCCACAGAAACAAAGAGAGAACACUUCAUGUACUUUUCUUGGCCCCAAUCUUCCUGAUGUUUGGGUACUCAGUGAGAACACAUCCCCUCAUACUCUUACCACCGGAAGUUCUCAAUCGGCUGAUGAUGGCCAUAGUGCUACAAUCCUUGAAGGUACAUCAAUUGCUACAGAAAUAAAAUUGAAAGUGGCUGAAGAGAUAAGUAGGAUGAAGAGUGAGAUUGGGAAGUUUCCUAAAUUGGUUAUGGUUUUGGUUGGUGAUAGAAGGGACUCUCACAGACUCAUUGAUGUUAAGUUGGAAGCUUGUGAAAAAGUUGGCAUUGAAAUUGUGGUUUCUAAGUUGCCUGAAAAUUGCACUCAAAAAGAAUUGCUUGAUGUUGUUUCCAGCUUCAAUGAUGACAAGAAUGUGCAUGGCAUUGUUGUGCAACUCCCUCUACCUCAACAUAUCGACGAAGAAAUUAUUAUGAAUUUUGUGAGUCCUGAAAAGGAUGUGGAUGGAUUUCACCCUUUAAAUAUAGGAAACCUUGCAAUAAGAGGAAGAAAACCCUUCUUUAUCCCUGGUGCCUCCAAGGCAUGCAUUGAGUUGUUACUUAAUCAUGGUGUUGAAAUCAAGGGGAAAAGAGUUGCAAUAAUUGGAAGAAGUAAAAUUGUAGGGUUACCAACUUCCUUGCUAUUGCAGAGGCAUCAUGCAACGGUUAGCUUGUUACAUGCAUACACGAAGAAUCCUGAACAAAUAACCUCUGAAGCGGACAUUGUGGUUACUUAUGUUGGAAUUGCGAAUAUAGUUCGUGGUAAUUGGAUAAAGAAAGGAGCCGUGGUCAUUGACAUGGGAUAUAAUGAAAUUAAGGAUCCUAACAACGAAGAAUUCCAAAGCACCGGAGAUGUUUGCUUCGAAGAGGCAGUGAAGGUGGCAUCAGCCAUUACCCCUGUUCCGGGAGGCAUAGGACCAAUUAUAAUAUCAAUGCUUCUCUCCAAUACACUUGAUUCUGCAAAACGUGCAUUUGGAAUGUUUUGAAAUAAGUUUUUUGUUUCUUCAUUUCACUGUUGAGCUAAUAUCCAUGUCAUGUCAAUCUGAUGUUUUUCCCGGUCGAACCAGUUCGUCUGGUUUUUAAAACACUGUUUGAAAGUAAUAAGUUAUUGUUCUAUGACUAUAAGAGAGAAAAACAUUACAUUUUCAUUCUAAAUCUUAAGGCGUUAGGAAUA